GUUGCGCGGCGGCGACGUGAGCGCGCAGGGGGGCGGCGGCCUCGCCUCGUCUCGCUCUCUGCGCCUGGGUCGGGGUGACGCCGAGCGCCGGAGAGAUGUCGGAUUUUGAUAGUAACCCGUUUGCGGACCCGGAUCUCAAUAAUCCGUUCAAGGAUCCAUCAGUUACACAGGUGACAAGAAAUGUUCCACCAGGACUUGAUGAGUAUAAUCCAUUCUCGGAUUCUAGAACACCUCCACCAGGCAGUGUGAAAAUGCCUAAUGUACCUAAUACACAGCCAGCAAUAAUGAAACCAACAGAGGAACAUCCAGCUUAUACACAGAUUGCAAAGGAACAUGCCCUGGCUCAAGCUGAACUUCUUAAGCGGCAAGAAGAACUAGAAAGAAAAGCUGCAGAAUUAGAUCGUCGAGAACGAGAAAUGCAAAACCUCAGUCAACAUGGUAGAAAAAAUAAUUGGCCACCUCUUCCUGAGAAUUUUCCUGUGGGACCUUGUUUCUAUCAGGACUUUUCUGUAGACAUUCCUGUAGAAUUCCAGAAGACAGUAAAGCUCAUGUACUACUUGUGGAUGUUCCACGCUGUAACACUGUUUCUAAAUAUCUUCGGAUGUCUGGCUUGGUUUUUUGUUGAUUCUUCAAGAGGGGUUGAUUUUGGCUUGAGCAUCCUGUGGUUCGUGCUUUUCACACCUUGCUCAUUUGUCUGCUGGUACAGACCACUUUACGGAGCCUUCAGGAGUGACAGUUCCUUCAGAUUCUUUGUGUUCUUCUUCGUCUAUAUCUGUCAGUUUGCUGUCCAUGUGCUCCAGGCUGCAGGAUUUCAUAACUGGGGCAAUUGUGGUUGGAUUUCAUCCCUUACUGGUCUUAACCAAAAUAUUCCCGUUGGAAUCAUGAUGAUAAUCAUAGCAGCACUUUUCACAGCAUCAGCAGUCAUCUCACUAGUUAUGUUUAAAAAAGUACACGGACUGUAUCGCACAACGGGUGCUAGUUUUGAGAAGGCCCAGCAGGAGUUUGCAACAGGUGUGAUGUCCAACAAGACUGUCCAGACUGCAGCUGCAAAUGCAGCUUCUACUGCGGCAACGAGUGCGGCUCAGAGCGCUUUCAAGGGUAACCAGCUCUAGAGGCCUCUGCAGAAUGCCCUUACCUUCUGACGGUACCAUUCUCUCCAGUUGCUGUAUUCUGCAGAUGUUUUUAUGUUGGAAACAUAGUACACACAGCAUGGGUAUUUCCUGUUCACAUGUGCAUGGGCUAAAAGCAGAAAAACUUCAUCUUAUUUUACCAAAUAUUUUUUUUCAUAUUUCAGUGCCCUGGCAGAUGACUAUUAUGUGCUAAAUAAAUAUUUCUCCAUAUUUUUGGAGGAUGGUGUUCAGCAAAUUAUUUCAGGGGUGAUCUGCUGAGAUGAACAUGGUACUUGUGAUCUAAAAAGCUUAGUACUAACUGUAGUUGUUCUUUCAAGACCCUUUAAAGGUAAGGAUAACAGAAGAAAACAUUCUUUUUUCCUUAUUUAUUUUGAAAGAGAUAGACCAGCAGAGACACAUUUUAAAACGGCUUGCUUUUCUAUGAGUUUCAUCACCAGUGAGAGCCUGUGUGCUUUGUGGUAGAUGGUGUAUAUUUUGUCUUUGUUAUUUUCUUUUUUAAGAGUAGCUGAUAUUUUGAUAACAGUUCUGAUCUUGCAUGGCAACAUGUUCCUUAAAUUAAAAGAAUUAGUGUUUUGGGUUCUGUACUGCCUAUAGUUAUAGGAAUCAGGGUUGUUUAUGGAUCAUAGAAGUGAUUUUCUGUAAUAGUUUCCUUUAAAUAAAAAUUUAUUGGGGUACAGUGUGAGACUUUAAUAUAAUAUGCAGUGCAUAAUCCAAAAGAGAAGGUAGUUUGUCAAUGCAAUAGAGUGUAGUAAUAAUAAUUCCUUUUAUUUUAUUUCUAAUCUUCAGUAUUCAUAUAGUAAAAUUUUACUGUAUGGAAACUUUGGUAUAUUCUUGUGGGUACUCUUAAUUGAACUUAGAUUGUAUUUCACAGCUUAUUUUUGGGAUGUGUGUAUGUGGGUGUGUAAUUUUUGACAGGUAUUAAAGACUAACAUAAUCUUUGUCUAAAAUGAAUAUACAGUAUUUAAAGAAUUUUUCUUUUAGCUUCUAAUUUCUAGUAGCAUUAAAAAUAAAAAGACUGUAGCAUUUCUAAAAUACACUUGAAUCCCUAAUGCACCUAUGUCUUUCAUUUUUUGAGACAGACUGAAUACAUUUAAAUUGUUCACCAGUAGAAAAGUCAGUACAUUGCAUCAAACAAGGAAGUACAUAUGCAGUUAAAGACAUUAAUUAUGAACAUAAUCUACAUUGAAAUCAUUGCUAUGCAGCACAGAACUUGAUUCUUAGAGUAUACUUGGGUUAAAACUUUGAGUCAUUCUUAAUAUUGAUUAAAUGAUUCAAAUGCAUUUCUAAAUCAUGCUACUACUGUGGUUUGAAAGCCUUUAGAUAACUUUUGAUUGCAGAAUAAGUUUGAUUUUAAGGAAGGAUGAUGUAUUAGAUUACAUAAUUUGAGACAGAAAGUCUUUUUAAAAAUAAAAUUAGGCAUAAAUGGGAAACAUCACUUUUCUUUUUCCUUCCCAAAUCUGAAAUUAAAGUGAGUCUUUUGAUGGGAGUGGGAUGCCAAGUUCUUAUUGUUUACGAGGAAGGUCUGUGUGCUGCUUGGAAACACAGCUCAUCCAGACGGUGUUUACAUUUGAGUUGUUUGGGACUUUACCGAAUACUGUAGUUAGGAGGUAUUUCUUUUAUGUGGAAGAAAAAUAGGAUUCAGAGUAUGAAGUAAAGCUGUUUUAUAGAUAUUUCUGAUCAGUAAUAAUCUUGAUCUACAUUCUCAUCCACCUCAGCAGCUCUGGUCCUUUAGAUCCUGUAGUCUUAGUGAAAACUUACUUUAUUGAGUGUAGGUUUUAUAAACAUUCAAAACAUGAGCCACAAAAUGCAGCAAGAGCAUUGUACCCACCACUGAUUUAUAUUCCACGUCUAUGUUUUGUUUUUCUCUAAUAAAAGAAGAACAUACAAUAAUAACAAAAGAUUUAUUGAAGACUUUUGAAAAAUAGUGAUAUUCUUUCCUUCAGAAUUGCAGUGUUUGUUAUGUAAAAAUUUCCAAAGAUAACAUUAUUAAAGGCAAAGAAUCACAACCCACAAUAUCUUUUCCUGUGUGAAUAGAAGAACAAACCUUUAAAUUUGGGUUUACCUGGGUUAAUAUGGUUGAGAGGGAAAAUUGUUUUAUAAAAACAUAAAUGUGCAUUAAAAUGAUGACAGUUUGAUCAGGUAUGAAAGCAGCUUUAAAUUCUCAUAUUCACUAUUUUCAUGACAAUAAUCAGUAAACAGUGACAUUUUACUAGCAAAAGAUUGGCAUUUGUUAGUGUUUCAUUUUUAAUGCUAAAAUUCUGUAACACCACAGUCACAAAGUAGUCUUCGUAUCAUAGGCAUAUGUGUCACCUUUCAGUUUGCAUUAUUAAAUCAUAGCUGUUCUGUUUUAAGCUAGAGUUUGAACACUGGAAAAAUCCCUGCUCAGGGAUUUGUAAGCUGGGUCUUAGUUUUUGAUCUGGGGAUGUUUGUGUAUUUUGUAGGUGAGUAUACUGCGCUGCCAUCUUGGUGACUGUCACAGUUCUGUACCAAUGCCUUCCAUCUGUCCUCUCAUGUUGCAUGUUUUCAGUGGUUUGGAAGUUUUGUAUAUUUAUUGUAUUAAUGCAGAGUGUCAUAAAAUAAAAUACUGUUUAUUGGAUGUUUGUUUGUAUAAUUUUAAACAUUACAUUAGCAAUUCAGAUGCAGAAAUUAUGCUAUAGGUUUCUCUGUACUUAGAAGUUUCUUUCACAUUUAAUUUUUAAAAAAUAAUUUUGUUAUUGCUAAAUAGAACAUAAAAGAUUGAGAUAAAACCCUCAGCAAUAUAAAAUGGCAAUUUUUUUCUGUUGCAAUUAGACCUUUGUAGGUAGCAUAAUAUAAACUUCAUCCAUAGUAAAUGUUUUGACCACUUCUAAAGUCUAGAAGUUGAGUGCAGCAAAAUGAAAAACGUUUUCUUGACUUAAAAUCGGUGCCUCUGAGGCAUUGUGGUCCUGAUUGGAACCUUGCUUACCUAUUUUCUCUGUACUGAUGAAAGCGCCUAUUUGUGCACUGGGCUUUUUAGUUGACAAGCUAAAGAAGAUACAAAGGUAUAAUCUUAAAUUGUGUUCAUGGUGUAUCUUACUUUAUUUUGAGAAAUGUAUGUUGGAGUAAAGUGGCAUUUAUUUUUUGAGUGCUAAUUAAAAAAAGAUGAGUUUGAAUUUUUUGCCCUUCAUUUACUAUAAUUCAUGUUGAGGUAAAGUAUAGCUCUUACUUCAUGGGGAUUUAUGUUAGGUUUACUGGCUGUUUCUCUAAAUGAUUUGUAAUGGCAUAGUGUUUCUGUACUCACUGCUGAAAAUGCUGGCAUCAGCAUGCUCUGUAUUGGUGAAAUUUGUGUUCAUUGUGAUUGUUUACAGAACUUACUAGAUUUUAAUAUGUUCCCCUACUAUGUGUGGCUUAGAAUUAAUAUGGCUGUUACAUACCCUUUCAUAUCUGUGCAUUUUUUUUUCCCUUAAGGAGAACAUUUAGAGGAAUUUGUUGAUUCCAUGUCAUUAAACCUGUAGAGGUAAUAAUAUGAAUGGUUAACUUCAAAAUUAAUUGAGGAUGUCUAUUAGCAAAGGCCUCACUUUGAUAAGUUUUCAAAUACCAUAGUAAUUUACUUAGAUUGUAGUAGAAUAAUGUUUUUAAAAUGUUAGAAUUAACAUACUUUUUCCCUAAAACUAAGAGUUACAUUGCAGUGGUCAAGUACUAGGAGAAAUAAAGGAUUUCUGCUAGAAUUUUAAGGCACAUUUUAUAGAGCAUGUGUGUUAUAUUCACUCACCUAUAAGGAGACAGCUCUAAUUUGAAGAUCCUAAGGCAGUGAUGGCAAACCUUUUAGAAAGACACAUUCCCAAACUGCUACCAAGAACCCACUUACUGUAGAGUGGCAACACUACAGUUAAACCCGAAUACUGAGAUUUUAGUUUAGGAAAAACAACUCGUAUAUUAACAGUUUUUGUCUUAAAAGAAAAACAAAUACUAUUCUCAUAGGCUUGCCACCACUGUCCUAAAGGAACAGAAAAGACCUGCUGUGUUUUCAACCUCCCUGUGGGUUUUACUGUGCGCUUUGGGUAGAAAAAACCUUAGGCUAUAGAAUUUUUAUAAGCACUGUUCGUGUUUUCAGCUGGCACAGGAACCUGUGUGACAGUGCAGUGAGUGUUCCGUUUUGUGUGUGAAAGAAGAUAACUAAAGUUGCCUAUAAUUGUGUGCCCUUUAGAAAUCUGUGUUAAAAUCUGGUUUAUAUUUUUCUGUUACUUUUUGUAGAAAGACAACUUUCAUCCUAAAACUAAGAAAUGACACUGCCCUGUACCUCCUUAUAGCAGGUUGUUUAGGGAUGUUUACACAGCUGUUUCAGGCCAUUUCUUAGCGCCCCUGAAGACCACACUGGUCUAGAUGUCAUCAGGCUGUGGUGUGCUCACCCCUGCCUUGGGGGUUUCCAUGCUGAGCUGCAGGAUCCAGAACUCUGCCCCUUUGGACUUGGAGCCUCUGGGGUGGCCAUAUCCUGCCAUGAAAGGAACCAUGAAGAAAGCUGGUCUGUAUUGAGAAUGAAGAAUGAAGCAGGAGCUAUGAAGGACAAGGAAGAGAUCAUCACAGCUUCCCCUUUUUGUUUUGAGGCUCGCCUGCUCAUCUGAUUCCAGCCCAUUAUCCUCAUCAUAUUCUCACCAUCUUUUCUCCCUGACCUAUCCUGAUUUUUUUCUUGUUUCUUUCACUGGAGCAUUUUAACUAACACAGUGUUCAAUCUUUUUUCAGUUACUGUAUUUCUGAAUGUAUUUCUGUAAAACUUAGAAGCUGUACAGCUAUCAUAAAGUGCUCUUACUCACAUUUUCAUUCACAUUUUCAGGUUUUAUUAUAAAUGAUUAUCAAGGAAUAUAUUGUCAGUGAAUUUUGGGGCCCAAGCUUAUAGUCUUUUCCUCAGGACAAAUUGCUGGAUCACUGGUAUGCGUAUUUUUAACAAGACCUUUAAUGUGAA